AAUCCACAUAUCAAAUCAAAAUCUCAUCACUCCAAAAGACUUUUCUUCAGAAUGUCUCAAAAGAAAACCGUCUUUGGUGCAGUCAACUCUCCUGGUUUUGGAGCUUAUGCUGGGGAUCAAACUGACUUACCGUCUUUCAAAUCAACUUCAACUUCUUACACUUCUUCACUCUUUGCAGCUCCAGUCUCUGAACCCAAACCUUUAUUCGGCACUUCUCCUGCUAAAUUUUCUACACCUUUUUCAACUUCCAAUUCGAUUCCCAAAGAAACAACACCCCCCAGUUCUUCUACUGUUCCUGGUUUUACUUCAAGCUUUGGAAAACCUUCUGCCUUUUCAACCGCCACACCUGGUGUUACAUCAAGUUCAGGUCAAAGCACUAGUACUACUCUUCCUAAGAUUUCGACUACUGAGUUUUUUGAAAAACGUGAAUUCGAAGUCGGGAGUACUUUGGCAUUUGAUCCGAUUAAACUUGCUCAAUGGUUAGAAAAACAUUGUCAUUCAUUUACCAAUGAUAGUAGUUUGAAACUUCUUGUUAAAAUGGCCACUGUUCAACCUGCUCCGACUAGCAAAGAACCUACGGAUGAAUCGAGUCCAAAUUUGAAUUCUGCUUCGACUAGCAAGGAACCUACGAAUGGAUCUAGUCCAGAUUUGAACUCGAGUACUCCCGAAACCUCACCAUCCACAAGUACCACCAACAUCCAACCCGAACCAGCCAAACCAAGCGUAGAAGACCCAAUGACGCGUCUGAACCGAUUCGACAAGAUCACCUUAUCUGACCCUAUCACAUUCUCUACAACCGUAUGGGAACACGCUCUAAGUGUUUUAUCAAAAGAUUCAAAUUAUACAGUUGAAAUGAUUCAAGAUGCAAGAUUGGUCACUGAAUAUCAAAUCGGAAUCAAGUUUCAAGAAUUAAUGACCUCGGCUUCAAAUACACCUAGGUUUGUGAAAGGAGUACAAACGUUUAGUAAACAGGUGGGAGAAGUCUUGGAUGAAGUGUUUGGAAAGUUGUGUAAACUUGCUGAAGAACAAGAAUCCUUGUUGAAGGAAUGAAUGAAAAUUUGAAAAGUUUGAGAAAUCGCGCUUUCUUUGGAUUUCGUUUUUUUUAUAACUUUUUCUUCCUUGGAUGGUUUGAUUUGAAUGGAUACUUUCUUCUUGAUUUUGAUUUCUUUUUAUCCUCAAAAAUGUAAAUAGCGUUACAUACGUUUUUUCUUUUCAAAAGACUCUGAAUAAUAUAUCAUUUGUG